UGAGAUGAGAGCACAAAAAGAGAGAGAGAGGGAGAUGAGGUGAUAGGAAUUAGGAAGAGCAGAGAAGUAAUUAUAGAAAAAGGAGAGAGAGAGAGAGAGAGAAAACAUAACAUCUUUUGAUUUCAGUCUUCUGCUUUGCCCUAUCUUUCUUCUGCCCUAACUCAGCUCUGGAACAGACGGCCACACAUAACAUCCAUUUCCGCCCAAUUAUGCCAGCUUCUCGGUGAUGACACAUCAGGUUUUCAUUCUGUCUACACUUGAUUUCUUUCAAACACAACCAAAUCCUAACUGCAGAUGGAUAGAAACAGAGAAGCAAGAAGAGUAACCAUGGCCGCCGCUACAAAUGGCUUGUCCAGAAGAAGGCAUAGAACCACUAGUCUCAGAGAUUCACCAGAUGAAGAUGGUCCGAUAGAGUUGCAAGAAUCGGGUAGGCUAAGAGAUCGAGGAGGGAGUACUAAGAAAGAUCGAGAUCGGGACCGGGACAGAGACCGGGACAGGUUGAGCAGCAGGAGCAAGAGGAGGAGACCCGAUAGGUUGAUGCACGGCAAUAGGGAAGAUGGUGGAGAUGAUAGCUCAGAGGACAGCGUAAACGAUGAGGACGAAGAGGAAGACGACGACGGAGGCGGAGGUGGUGCAGGAGGAGCAGGAAUAUCAUCCUCUUCGAUGAGAACACUCCCACCGAGUACGUCGUCCUUGUCUUCUUCCUCCUUGUCCAACCAUCAUCACCACCAAAACAAUACCCAGCAUCAGCUACACCACCAUCGGAAGAGCUACCCCCCGCCGGCGAAAGUUUUUAGAGCAGCGCCGGCGGUACCGGUAGCUUCCACAUGGAAGGUCGCCGAUGAGAUGAUUGGCGUAUCCGUGCCCAGAAAAGCCCGGUCAGCUUCUACCAAGAGGUCUCAUGAAUGCUGGGUAUCGAGUGCUGGCGGUGUUGUUGCUGGUGAGCAAGUUCUCCGGCAAGCCUCUACCUCACCGGUGAGGGGUAAUCCAUCGGUGAUAUUGACGGCUCCAUCUCCAUCUCCGUCGCCUGCUCCGGCUCCGACCUCGCCGUCAUCUUCCAACGCCUCAGUGAGGAAGAAGAUGCCCAACGGACACAAGCAAAGGCCACCAAAGUCGUCUUCGAAAGCUUCUUCUUCGGCUCAGGAGGAGAUUGAGAUCGAGAUUGCGGAGGUCUUGUACGGGAUGAUGAGGCAGCCACAGGUUCCGUCGAAGCAAGAUACUACAGGAAAUGAUUCGAUGAAGUUCGAUUCAAGAGAUGCUAGUAACAACAACGAUAAUAAAUCUACAGGUGAUGCCAAAUCCAGAGUUUCUUCGCCGAUCUCUAACUCUCAAUCGACUGUACCUCAGUCAUCUUCCAUUUUCCCUGCAAAUUCAAGCUCUUCUAAUGCGCCCAUGUCAGCUAUUGCACCCAAGAGGAAAAGACCUCGACCGGUUAAGUACGAUGACGAGAAUCCUUCGGGGUUUCCUGUUCGGAAUAGUCCCAUUUCGGCAUCGAAGGUGGAGAUGGACCAGCCAGCAAAAAUUGAAGCUUCUUCACCUACUUUGGAGAAGAAUUCAGGAUCUGCUGCCGAAAACGGUAGUGUUUCAUACGAUUUGAUAAAUUCACAAGUCCCUGCUGCAGUGCCGGCUAUACCGGAGCUGGUGCCGACGGAGGCCAUGAAGCCAGAUAUCAGCGUUGCAUCAGAUUCCAGACAUUUGACCGAAGAAUCAACGAGUAAGGAAGUGGGUGUCACCACCAAAGAGGAGCCUCAAUCGCCCAAGAAGGAAUCACCGCGUGGAGUCAGAUUGGAUGACGAUCGUGAUAAUCUGGCGGUGAAUAAGUUGAAUUCAACGGUUACCGAGAUUGAGAACCAAAAGGAAGAGAAAUUCCAGAUAGAUCUGAUGUGCCGCUAUGAUUUACAGGCUCCUCCAUUAAGAUCAUCUCCAGAUAGAGACGGGGAGAUAGAAUUUGUGGGUGUAGAUCCCAAACCUAUGGCCACAGAUGUGGAAACGGAAGUGAAGCCGACGUUGAAGGAGGAUGAGAAGACUGUAAAAGAUAUUGUCAAGGAAGAUGCAAAUUUGGAGCUUGAAGAGAAGAAGGCUAAAACUGUUGCAGAAGAAGGUGAAUCCCAUAAACAAGUUGUCAGUAAAGAGAGGAAUAUUGAUCUCCAACUUGACUUGGAAAAAUCUGAUAGAGAUUCUGCCUCCAAGCUACACCACCAUGCCCAAAAGCAGCUUCAACCCCAGCAACAGCCGCAGCAGCAACACCCGCACCAGCAGCAAUCAAACAUUGAAAAAGCAGCUCAACCGAGUUCUUUGCCGCUGCCUAUGUCUAUGGCUAGCUGGCCGGGUGGGCUUCCUCCAAUGGGAUACAUGGCCCCUUUACAAGGAGUAGUAUCCAUGGAUGGAAGUGCUUUAUCAUCUGCAGCCAUACAGCCUCCACAAUUGCUGUUUAAUCAGGCCAGGCCAAAAAGGUGUGCGACGCAUUGCUACAUUGCUCGAAAUAUUUACUAUCACCAGCAAUUUACAAAGAUGAAUCCUUUCUGGCCGGCAGCAGCUGGUUCGGCAGCUCCAUUGUAUGGAGCUAAGCCCUGCAAUCUCAACGUAGUACCAUCUGCAGAGUUGCCUGGGACAAUUCCUGGAAGGGGUGUCAAUUCUGUACAGGACAAGGGGCAGGGUCUUACAAUCUUUCCUGCACAUGGUGGAAAGGACAAAUGUUCUCAAUCUGCCAACAGUGUGGAUGCUACGCAGAGGAAGCAAAUCUUGCUCCAGCAAGCUCUACCUGGAGCGACUAGUAAUAUCUUGCAUGGCCCCGCUUUUAUCUUUCCUUUGAGCCAGCAGCAUGCUGCAGCAGCAGCUGCAGCUGCUUCUGUUCGGCCUGGCUCCGUGAAGUCUCCUCCCACAACAGGUAGUGCAGCUACGCCUAGUGCACCAAAUUCUGCUUCUGUGAGUGCCACAGCAGCUGCAGCAGCCACAGCAAUGAGCUUUAACUACCCAAAUAUGCCGGGCAAUGAAACUCAGUAUUUAGCCAUCUUGCAAAAUAAUGCUUAUCCAUUUCCAAUUCCUGCACAUGUUGGUGCAGCUCCUGCGUAUAGGGGAUCUCAUGCGCAGGCACUGCCCUUCUUCAAUGGAUCUUUCUAUUCAUCUCAGAUGCUUCAUCAUACCCAUCUUCAACAACAGCAGCAGCCACCCAUACAGUCACAGCAAAGCCAGUCAGGUCAUCAGAACACUAGCAUAUCCAGUGGGUCCUCAUCAUCUCAAAAGCAUCUACAAAAUCAACAGCAGAGACCUCAUGGAAGUGGCAUGAAUGGAGGCAACAGUGUAAGCCUGCUAGGUUUCCCUGCCUCAAAAAAUCAAUCAUCUCAGACCCUACAGCUUCAGCACCGUCAACAGCCAAGCCAACUUGCUCCUCAUCAAGCUCGACAACUUGAGAAUGAGACUGGGGGUGAGGAUAGUCCAUCAACUGCUGACAGCCGGCUUUCUCGCACAAACAUGAGUAUAUAUGGCCCAACUUUGCAUUGCCUGGCAACCAAAAUUUUUGCUUUAAUGACUGCUGCUUCAGUUGGCGGCAUGUCAACUUCCAGUGGUAGUCAUGGGGAAAAGAAGCAACAGCAGUCACAGCCACAACAACAGGGUUCAAAGGCUGGUGUUGAGCCUUUCGCAAUGUCAUUUACUUCUAUAAAUGGUGCUACUGCUGCUUCUGGCCUUGAUAUUUCCUCCAUUGCACAGAAUCAUGCUAUUCUCCAGGGCCUUCCGGAGGCUGCUAAGCAGAGCUAUCAGAUAAUGGCAGCUGCUGUUGCUGUUCAAGCUGCACAGCAGAAAAAGAAUUACCGCGUUUCUGAAGAUGGGAAGUCUGUGGUCUCUGAUGUCUCUAACGUGGAGGAUGAAAGGAAGGCCGCUGGAAAGGCUCCUGCAACUGUUGGGCAGUCCAUUGCUUUCUCUAGGACAGAUUUGACCGACUCAUCUGUCUCAACAAUAGGAGGCAGUAGUGUUAUUGAUAGCUCCGCACGAACUCUUAAUCUUGGUUCUGCUUCGAGGACCUCUGGCUCUGUUAUGCCAGCUGCUAUUACUGUUAAUUCUUCAAGUGCUCAACAGCAGUUGCAGCGGAAUCAACAACAGCAACAACAGCAGCAGAUGAUGCAGCUUCAUAAGCAGCAUCAGUUUGCAGCUGCAGCAGCUGCUACGGCCAGAACAAAGACACCAGCAACUGGGGUUUACUCGGAUCACCAUUCUGCAUCAACAAUGGCAGCAAAAUUUCCUAAUUCCCUGUCUAAUUUCCCACAAAAUCUUGUUCAAGGCAGCAGUAGUCCCAGCCAAUCUCCUCAGUGGAAAAAUUCAACUAGGACAACCACUUCUCAAGUCCCUUAUGCGUCUCUGGCAUCAUCAACUUCGUCAUCCCUAAAAAACCUUCCCCAACAGCAAGGACGAUCCCAGCAAAGCCACACACAGACGCACAUAUCUUUUGCAUCUACCCCAAAAUCAUGUGCAGCUCCCCAAGGGCAACAGCCUCCCGCCACAAACCAGUCCCCGUCUCCUCCUGUGGUGGUUGGCUCCCCCUCAACUUCAGUUACCAAGAGUGCUGGUGGUAGCCCGAGAACCAAUCCAUCUACUUCUGCGGGUAACAAAGGUGGCCAAGCUUCCUCUACUUUAUCGUCUCAACCAUCCAAGAACUCACAGUCAGUGCCCAGCCGGAAGUCUUCUCCAGUUGGUGGAAGAAAUGUUCCAUCUAUUCUUGGAAAUCCCCAUGUGACCUCUGCAACUACUGGAUCAAAGAUCCAACUGCCUCAACAACAACAGCAGCAGCAACAGCAGCAGUUACCAAAGCAUGCAUUGCAACAAGCGCAGCUUUUCUUCUCUGGGGCUUAUAUGCAGCCUCAAGCACAACAUUCAACUAAUGCAAUUGCUGCAACUGGUGCAAGUGGGUAUUACCUUCAGAGACAUCGAAAUGACCAACAGCAGCCGCAACAGCUUCAGCCACCUGGGUCAUCUGUGGCAUCCUCUACUGGGAUGCUGUCCAUAUGUUCUUCAGUUACACUUGCUAACAACAGUAAUUCGGAUCCUGCAAAGGCCAUUGCUGCAGCUGCUAGCAGUAUGAAAGGUGGAGGGCUAUCUUCCCAGGGUCUGAUCCAUACUGCACCUUUUGAUACGGCACAAUCCUCUUCUAAGCCACAUCAACUUGUACCUGCUGGUUUCUCUUACGUACAUGCUGUUCCCACUGCAGUGCAGGUGAAACCCGCAGAGCAGAAGCAACCUGCUGGUGAGUAGAAUCAAAUAUCCAAA